AUGCCGCCUGAUCUAAUUAAUUCACUCAUUUGUGCACUAGAUGAAAAUGCUGCACCAUUUUUGUUUGCUGAUACGAUUGACAAAGCAUGGCUUCUUAUACAAGAGCAUCACGACAAACAGAUUUAUUUCAUUUCAUCAGGCUCACUUGGCAAACAGGUUAUUCCGAAUAUCAAACGCGUAUACCCUCAAGUUCAUCAAUUCUAUAUAUUUUGUGGUGAUGAAAGUAAUUACAUUGACUUAGUUAUGGAAAACUUGUCCUGUUUACAGAUAUUAUCACAUGAACUUAAUUUACUUGUGCGACUUACACGUGACAUAUCUAAACGCAUUAUUAUACAAGGACAAGAUUAUUUAAAUUUAAAUUGCGGAACAGAUGCAUUGAAAUGCUUCGAAAAUGCCGAAAAACUAGAAUUGACAGCGAAUCAAGUCGAUAAAUUGAAUACUCCAGAACUAAAAACUUUAAAAAUACUAAGGGGUCAUGGUGGUGAUAUUGGACUUAUUCAGAGAGCAAAAAAUAUGACAACUGGGCAACAACAUUCACAUCAGGAAGGAGCAAAUGCAACAAAUUCAGCACCACGAACCGAAAACGAAGAUGCUACAGAUUAUUUAGCAUCGGCUGCUAAUGAUGAUGACGACCCUAUUGCGCAAGAAGAAUCUGGAGGACAAUGA